AUGUCUGCUCUACUCCUCGUAGUCCUGAUCGCAUCUGUCGUCGGAACUGCGACAACUGCAUCCGAGGGAUUCUGCGAAGACUACUUGGAUUGUAUGAAACGUCUGGAAACCAAACAAAAUGAUUGUUUACUGACUGAGAGAAAUGUACAAAUGAGCACCUCCGACUCCUGCACACGACGAAAAUGGGACGUAAAAAUGGAUUUAAACGGUCUUCAUCUACGUAGAGCAGAAUUGGCUAGGGAUUGUGUUCAGAAAAAUAUCAAGGAUGCUAUUGUAUCCGAGUCUACUCUUAACAAAGAUCAGCUGCGAGCAUGCCGCUCCGUACAUUCGAAAUUCUCAUUCGUACCGGAUAAUCAAAGGAGGAAACGUUCUUCGACCAUUAAACGGGGAUCGAAAAAAGGAGAUUCAAGGCAAAAGGCACUUAUCUGUCGAAAGGACACGAAAAUAUGGCACAAACAAUGCUCGGAACUAGCCAAGUGUUGCCCAUUGACCGAGGAUUGCAAAGUCAACACAAAGGAGAUUAUGGAACAAAUUUUCGAGGAACGCCGUAAGCUACGCGAUCUUAAUGAGAACUGCCAUAAUUAG